GCAGUGAAAUUCGGUUUUCUUGGCACUAAAUUCUGUCUUUUACAAUAUAGUAAAUGCACAACAGUAUUUUGGUCCUUGUGUAUGGUGUGUUUAAUAUUUGAUGAUUACAGAAGCAUGGCUCUUUUAUACUUUAUCCCAAUUAUAGCGUUUUUAUUCUACCGGACUACUAAAAGCUGGAGAGCUUCGCUUGUUUGUCUAAUUUAUCUGGGCACUCUGACUUGGCUCGGUAUAUUUCCAACACUACUUACAGUUUCACUAACUGUUGUGUCCGUGUUUAUGCUGUUUGAGUACAUGCAUACUGAGAUACCGGAAGGAGUGAAAGAAGUUUGGGGCGCUCGUAUUUUGGACACUGCACUCCGUACAAAUGGCAAAUUUAUACUGUCCUUGCAUAACUUUGGAAUAACGGGAGGAUGUUGCUGGCCAACAAGAAAGCUCGUGAAUAUCGUGCUCACAACAUUGAUCACUGGCAGACCAUUCGGCAAGAGACCUGAUCCGGAUCUAGAGAUAUAUGAUACAGAGAUGGAUGGUGUCAGUGUACGUGUAUAUGACCCCGUGAACACGAGUGGUUCCAAACGUCCAGCACUUGUUUAUUAUCACGGUGGCGGCUGGUCAUGGCUUAAUGUGGAUGUCUACGAUCCAGCAACAAGAGAGCUUGCCAAAAAAGUCGGGAUGGUUGUUGUUUCUGUCAAUUAUCGCCAGUCUCCGGAACACCCACAUCCAAUCCCAUUUGACGAUUGUCUGAAGGCUACCGAAUGGGUGCUUAAAAACCCAACAAAGCUAAAAAUAGACUCAUCGCGCGUUGCGAUAUCUGGUGAUAGCGCGGGUGGACAUCUUACCGCCGCAGUGUCUCUGCGCCUGAAAAAGAAGAUCAAAAUUCAAAUUCCUAUAUAUCCAUGUCUACAACUCUUCGAUUUGCAAACACCUUCAUAUAUUGAAAACAAAGACUUUAUCCCCGGAAUGUUAUGCGAUGUAUCAAUGCUUUCUUACUGGCUAAAUUAUGGCAAUAUAAGCUACGAUUAUAUGGACAUGAUAUUGGCCAACCAGCACACGUCACCAGCAUUGAAGAAGUCAAAAUAUGCAGACUUUGUAUCCCCACGCUGGUAUAUGAAAGAAUACAUCCGCACAGAAGCGUUGCGUGACAUGGAUAAACCUACAGACUCGGGAAAUGAGGCUUUGUCGAAGACAGUUGAGAAAACCAUACUAGACCCGUAUUUUGCUCCCCUGAUGGCUAAUGACGAAGAAUUCAAAAAUCUACCACAAACUUAUGUUCUGACCGCCGGGUACGACGUUCUGCGAGACGACGGGUUGAUGUAUUAUCAGCGCUGCAAGGCAGCCGGUGUUCGAGUUCAGCUGGCUCACUAUGAAGACGGAUUUCACGGAAUGAUAUUUUUCUUCGCUGGACCGAUGCCUUUCCAAGUGGGAAUUCGAGCGAUGAAAGAUUUAGUUAAAUUCCUGAAAGAAAAUCUAUAGUUACUUACUGCUUUUGACUUAAUUUAGAAUAGGUAGUAAGAUUAUUGCAGCCGCGUGCCUUAUUUCAUUUGUUACCCGCCUUUUACCAGGUAAAUUUCACUGUAUUCUUUGUAUCUUUUCUCGGAAUUAAAUAAACGCAAUUUUUGGAUAUGUAUUUUCACCCUGGAAGGAUAGCCAUUCAAGAAAAUAUUUAUCCUAAUUGUAUUUAAGGGAUGUGGAUACCUCAGUCUUAGAAUUUAAUUAUAAUUGCGAAUUGUAAAACUAUAUGAUACGGCCCGUAUUCAUGAACGAUGUAAAUCUUAAACUUAGUCAUAGACUUUGAAAUGCUAAAAUUACUUUUUACCCUAAAUUUUUACAUCAAACAAACUUGACAAGAAUAUAUAUAUAGUACUAAUAUAUAACACAACAAAAAGCUGUUGAAAGUUUCAGCUAGAUAGAUCUACUAGUAAAGAACUGCGGCAAUUUGAAAUUUUAAUGAUUUAAAAUCUAGACUUCAAACAUUAAUGAAUAUGGGCACAGGGCUCCUUCGAUUUACAAUAUUGUGUAAGGACAAUAAGAUGACUCAGCAUAUUUUCAUCAUACCAUUUAAUCAAAUAUGUAUAUCAUAAUUAUGAAUUUGUAAAUAAAAUUUAGCCUAUGUAU